AUGGUGCAUGGUGGUGACUUGAGUCACAAGUACGAUCUAGGGCGCAAGAUUGGCUCAGUAGGCGACAGCGACAAAACAGCCCAAGAGGACAUCUUGGUUCAGGUCUUCUCCCGUCCAAUACUACGGGAAGAAGCUCGUCGGGUGGAGCCCAAUCAACACAUCUGGCCUGGAGCUCCGAUCAACCUAUUGGCUCACUCAUUAUUGAUCAUUUCUCCAUCAGCGUCACCUGAUUACAUAGCAUUUCCACUAAGCAUUGAUAGGGCAGAUCGCCUCUCAGCAGCUUUAUCGCGUACAGGUCUUGUCCAGUUCGCAUUUCAGCGUAAAGGUCGGAGCGACUGCGGUUCGUGGACCACUAAUGGGGAAGAGAGCUCUAAUAACACUGGCCGGGAUGCGGAGGAGUUGGCUGUCGUGAGUCAAUACAUAAAUGCCUCACUCCAGACUGGCUGCAUCACUCCCGCAGAUAUCAGUCUAGUGGAAUUCUGUGGUUGCCUGGGGAUCGGAUCUCUCCUUGCCGCUUCCACUUCGGUUGGCAUUGCAUUUACCUGGCCGCCCGGCUCUGGUCCACGCUCGAUCACUCUAGGCGAAGUCAACGUGACCGAUAGGGUUCUACGGGAACAGUCCACCGCCCUUCUUUCGGGUUCGGAGGUGUCACUGUUUAUGGUUCACAUGAAAUCGGGCUUGUAG